GUCAGGUAGUUUCAGCGCUCGCGCCGCCGCCGCUACGUCGCUUACUCCCGACAAGACCCUUAACUUUCUAGAUUAGACUAAAUUUCACGAGAAUAUAUCCUUUUAAAACGAAAUUUAAAGACACAUCGGCGAGGCAAGGAGUUUCACGAUCUUCGCGCCUAUAUCACGCGACUCGACUUAACAAUAGAUAUUUAAUUUAAAAUGUGACUUUAUUGACAGUGUACAUCUUGUAUAAUAAAUACAAAAGCGCUACACUCAUCAUGUUCAGUCUCAAACCCUGUUUUUGGAGUUGAAUACGUUUGAUUUCUAGUUGGGAACCUGACCACACACGCGAUGGUUAUGUUAGUUCAGCUGCGGCCCGGUUACAAUAAGCUAUAACGAAUUGCACAAGUGCUUCAGUCCCUACAAGUUUUCCAGUGUUGAGUCACGUCGAAAAUGUACUAUGUGGUUUUGGAGUAAGAUCUGUGUCUUAUGAUCUAGUGCCAACAGUGUUGUGGCUGGAUGGAGUCUGGCAAGAUGGAGCGCUGGCUAGUGCUUGUUGUGGUUCUGCUCAUGGAAUACUUUGAUGAGGGUAGUGGGCAGUGCCGCAACGGGCAGGCGCUGAGCUUCGCGCGCUGGUCGGGCGCGAGCCCGGACCAGGCUGCGCCAGUCUUCGUGUACGCGGCAAGCGGCGAAGAAGAGUCGCUGGCAGGAGCGUGCCUGGCGCGCUGCCGCGAGCUGCCAGUGUGUGAUGGCGUUGUGGUCGCCUACUCACGGGGGCACUGUCACGGCGUUGCUGAGCAAACAGAAGAAGUACUCCGACCGGACAACGAUGUGGCUUACUUCAAGAAGAUAUGUGCGAUAUUGCCCGAAGGAUGCGCGGAACGGUGGUGGGCCGUGGAGGCCACGCCGGGGUACCACCUGCAUUCCGAGAGCAAUAUAAAGGUGGUCUUGAACACCACGGCGCGGGAAUGCUACGCGCUCGUCCUGGGCACAGGGGGUGAGCAGCUCUACAGGUCGGCGCAAUGGGUAAGCCCCGAAGGCGCCCUGGACGCCGACGCCGUCAAAGCCUCCGACUCGGCGCUGGGCAACUGCAUCCUCAACGCCGAAGACAAGUUCACCGAGCCGGAGUCCUACAGGGUUGCCAACUACUACACGUUCUACGUGGAGAACCAGUGCAGGCACGACUAUCCAAAGAAGAUAGACCGAUGUUCCUACGAAGAAUAUUACAACCAAACGCUGAAACACGUCGAGUUUACUUAUAAAAACUUCACCAAAGAUGAGUGCAAGAGCGCCUGCGAGUCAGAAACUCGCUUCGUAUGCCGCGGGUUCACGUGGCUGCCUCGCGAGGGCGAGGUCGGCAGGCGCGGCGAGGCUGGCGGUCCCGGCGCUCGAGGCCUCUGCGAUCUGCACUCCGAGGACCUGGUGUCCACCGGCUCGUGGCUGCUUCGCCGCGCAGCUCAGGCUGUGUAUUAUCGCCGUGUGAUCUGUCUUAAUAUAAGCGUGGACUGCUCAGAUGACUCGCUGAUAGUGACGUACCGCCCGCGCGGCCAGUUCCGCGGCCGCAUCUACGUGCCGGGUCGCGGCGAGGCCUGCGGCGCGCGCGGCGUUGGCGGCGCCGUCCGGCUCAAGUUACCACUGUAUGGCGAUUGCGAUGUUAACUUCGCGCAUGCCAUAUCGCAUACGCCUAGCGGAGUCGUUAAUAGAACGAUGGCCUACGUAAUGGUUAUGAUCCAAAACAAUCCAAUAAUCCAAACGGCGGGUGAUCGAUGGGUGCGAGUGGGCUGCUCGCCGGGCGAGCGCGCCGCCUCCGUGCCAAAACAUGUCAACGCCGCCGUCGCUGUGAAGGAUACCGGGCGUCCAUCCGAGCCGAGUAGUGGUGCACCGUUGCCGGCGUCGGCUAGCACGGUGUACAGUGGCGGCGCACCCGUCUCCAUGUACGUCGUCCGCGUAGCGCAAGACGCACCGCCCGCCGCCGCCGUCUCGCUGGGCGAGCCUUUAGAGCUGCGCAUGGAGUCCACAGAGGAAGCCGAGAUCGAAGCUUACCACUUAGUGGCCUCGUCGCGACUCGGGGACAGCUCCGUCCUGUUGCUUGACAGCAGAGGGUGUCCCACCGGCCAGGUGGACUUCCCCGCGUUCACACGCAGCGUGUCGGGUGGCACGCAGCGUCUGUCGGCGCGGUUCAAGGCGUUCCGCUUCCCCACAUCACACGUCGUUCGAUUCGCUCUGAUGGUGCGGUUCUGCGAUAAAACUUGCGAGCCGGUGAAUUGCAUCCAGCCAUCAGCCCGCCAAGCCCGUAUGACCAACGAUACGUUCUCUUGGGAAGACGGCGACGGCGGCGGCGUGCCGGCGUCGGUGGCUCCGGCGCGGCACGCGGGCGGCGCGUGGGGCGUGGUGGCGCAGGGCGGCGCGGCGCCGUGCCCGCCCGCCGGCGCCGGACGCAUGCCGUUGGAACUUGAGAUGGUGGUCGGUUCCGGGGAUGUGGUGUCCGCUGACACUAUGGUCCGAGCUGACCAUCGGUCUAAUAUACCGGAGGAGUCGCGCGAGUUGGAUAACGGGCUAGUGUGCGUGCAUGAGCUGCUGCUGGUGGCGCUGGCGCUGGCCUGGCUCGCAGUGCAGGUGUUGCUGCUGCUGGGAUGCUGCGUCCUCGUCAAGAGGUACCGCAAGUUGGCCGAGAUGAACAUGCAGAAGGACUACCAGGCCUUCGACAACGUUGGCUUCGAUUCCAUGUCGACACACCGGCGGGUACAUUGGCCCGACCAGAACAUUGACGUGCUGCAAUAAUGGCGACCAAAUCUGUACUUAUCUAGGUCUUAUAGGGCUAGACUUAUAGCAUGCUUUUUCUCAAAUGACUUUUAUUACGCCUAAGAACCUAAGCUUUUAAAAGCUAUUGUUUCUUUUAUGCGAGCGGUUUAGCUCCCGUAUUAGCCAAGUGCCAAAGCAACAAUGUCCAUUAAAAAGCAACUGUAUCAUGAUAGUAUUAAGGUUCAAAUCUAUGUAUAAAUAUGAGGGCUCGCCUACAUUGAGGUGGUCGAUCGUCCUACAUUAUCAAAACAUGUUAACUCGUGUGAGCUGUUACAUAAAUUUGAACCUUAAUGCUAUCACGAUACAGUUGCUUUUUAAACGACAUUGUUGCUUUGCCAACGGGAACUAUAAAAAUGUAUACUUAGUCAUGUUUUAAAAAAAACACAUGUGUUUUACUUUUCUCGUAUUCGAAAUGAUAAGUAGAAUGUUUAACUCGGGUGAAAGGCAUCAUUUCAGCCUCGGACUAUUGGCGCACUCACUACUGCGUUCGAGCGCCAAACUACCUCGGCAGAAAUGAGUGCCUUUCAUCCCUUGGUUAACAAUCUACUAUUGUUUAAAAAUUAUUAGGGUCUUUAGGCGUAAAAAUCAUUUGAAAAAAUUCAUACUAUACAAAAUGACAAUUAAAUGCUUAGGUCGUCCUUGUUGGUUACAUAAUUCAAAAUCUGAAUGUAGGUUACUUAUUUAUUUCAUAUGGGCAGAUUUUUACAGAUGUUGGUUUUGUCAGGUCUUGCUUAUUUAUUUAAACCUUUGACGCGAAGAGCACCAAGUGAGCUAUGAAAUGUUUUAGCAAUGGAAAGUUCCAGAAUUCAGCAAGAAAAAUACGCAGACAUUCAGUAGAUUCAAACAGAACUCAAGCUCAGGAUUUCAUACUGUUGACCGAUGCAGUCAUUGAAUUAGUGGGUACAAUCAUUUUGCAAGCUUUAUUAUAAGAUUGUGAAAAGAACUCGGUGCGAUUGUAUUGUAUACAUACUUUUUUCCUUAUUAAAAUACAAAAGCUACUAAUAAGAUUUAUGUAGGUAAUUGUGUUAGUCGACUAAGGGGCUGUCCAUAAAUUACGUCAUCGAUUUUUGACGAUUUUUGACCCCCCCCCCCCCCCAAUAAUCAUCCAAAAAUCAUGCUUCAAAUGACCCCAUUUCCUCCUACUUCAUGCUACCGUCAUCCGAUGUCCAGACCCCCCCCCCCCAAUUUGAAAUGACGUAAUUUAUGAAUAGCCCCUAAGCUAAAAUGAUGCGUUCCAGAAAGUAAAAUGAGAUUCCAAAACGCCUUGUUUCAGCUAAGACGACUGCUCAUUAACAUUAGGUAAAUAGUUUAAAAAGUAGUAGUUAUACCAUUUUUAAUUUAUUAUUUACCUAGAAGUAUUUUAGUAAACUCUUGCAAUAAUGCAAAGUAAGUAGUUGAAUUUCCUUAUUAUGUGUUCAUUUGUUAGUGAGUGCUUUAUUGAAGAUAUUUACCUAAAUUAAUACAUAAGUAAAUAAAGUGUUGUGAAUUGUUGGAGGUUAUGUUUUUAAUAAAUAAAAUAACGUGUUUU